GUAAGACUGAAUUAAGUAUGCACACCUGAAAUCAGUUUCGCUGACCGCGUUGAAGGAGAGAAGGAGAGAAGACGUGUGCUGCUGCUGAAGCUUGCUUACCACCACCAUCCACCAUGAGUGUGCUCGCCAAGAUUGAGGAGAUUGAGGCCGAGAUGGCCCGCACACAAAAGAACAAGGCCACGGCCAAGCAUCUUGGUCUGCUCAAAGCCCGCCUUGCCAAGCUCAAGCAAGAGCUCAUGACAUCCAAGACUGGCGGCGGCGGCGGCGGCGAAGGUUUCGAGGUGUCCAAGACGGGUGAUGCCCGCGUCGGCUUUGUCGGGUUCCCCUCUGUGGGAAAGUCGACGCUGCUGAGCAACUUGGCGGGCGUGUACUCGGAGGUGGCCGCAUACGAGUUUACGACCCUGACCACCGUGCCAGGUGUCAUUCGCUACAAGGGCGCAAAGGUCCAGCUUCUCGACCUGCCCGGUAUCAUCGAGGGCGCCAAGGACGGCAAAGGUCGCGGUCGCCAAGUUAUUGCCGUUGCGCGCACGUGCAACCUCAUCUUCAUCUGCUUGGACAUUAUGAAACCGCUCGGACACAAGCAGAUCAUCGAGAAAGAGCUUGAAGGGUUUGGGAUCCGUCUGAACAAACGCCCGCCGCAGAUUUCCGUGAAGAAGAAAGAGAAGGGCGGCAUCCACAUCACGUCGACCGUCCCGCUCACCAAACUCGACAACGACACCAUCAAGACCAUCCUCGGGGAGUACCGGCUGAACAGCGUGGACGUGACGUUCAAGGAGGACGCGACGGAGGAUGACCUGAUUGACGCCAUUGAGGGAAACCGCGUGUAUGUCCCCGCCAUCUACGUGCUAAACAAGAUUGACCAGAUAAGCAUUGAGGAGCUGGACAUUGUGUCUCGCAUUCCGCACUGCGUGCCCAUCUCCGCCCACCACAAGUGGAACUUUGACGACCUCUUGCAGAAGAUGUGGGACUACCUCGACCUCAAACGCAUUGCGCUGGUGUGGGGCUCGUCUGUGAAGCACAACCCGCAGAAGGUCGGCAAGGACCACGUGCUCCACGAUGAAGACGUGGUGCAGCUCGUCAAGAAGUAA